GCGGGGAGAAUUUACCGAUCUUCUUGGCAGCUAGUUUUACUAUCUACUCGUGUUAAUAGCAAUUCUUUCUCUUACCCCGAGUCUCUGCAAAUGCAAUGGAAAUAAAUAUUUUGUGCUCUUGUGCCGCGGGGUCUAGGGUUUUGAUUCUCCGCGAGGAUGCGCUGCGUGCACUGUGGAUCGCCCGUGAUCGGCACCUUUGUGCAGUACUCGCCGGGCAAUCUACGCCUCCGGAAAUGCCCAAAAUGUGGAUGCGUCGCUGAUGAAUAUGUGGAGUGCGAGCCGAUUAUUGUUUUCGUUGAUAUUGUCUUGCACAAGCCAGAGGCUUACCGGCAUUUGUUCUUCAACAGCAACGCUCUAAGUUCGAAAGUCGUAGUGAUGGCAGUUCUUCUACUUGUUGUUUUGGAAGCAUGUCUCUACGACUAUUUUAGCACUGAGAGGGCCGCUGCCAUCUCGUAUCGAUCGACUAAGAUGUUGGCCAAAGCAGCAGUGACUUUCAGUAGCUAUAUCACAGGCAUCUGGAUCAUGCACAGACUCUUCACAAAGAAACGUUCCAGCUCGACGAGUUUAAUGGACAUCCUUACCGCAAUCACUUCUUCAAGCUACUUCAAGCUUUUCAUUUUUGCGAUGAUGAUAUGGGACUUCUCCCCGCAUAUCGCGUUGGUGAUUGAGGUGUUGGUACUGAUCUCCAAUGGAGUCGCUCUGCAAGUUGUUUUGAACACUAGCGCGAACAUAAGUAUGGUCUUAGUAGCAGCAUCUGCAGCCCCGACAUUUUUCUGGAAGUUGUUCUUAUACUACAGUCUGUGGGCAAACCCUCAACCUCAACUUUGACCAAUCGGGUUUUCAUCACUGCUCUGGCUAUGGCGGCUGUGGCUCCCGGAAUCAUAGUACCCCUUUCGAGCGGUGGGCAAUCCAAGCUUCAAUAUCAGAGUGAAUUCUCCUCUGCUGCUCCUUGUGGUGCUGCUGGUGCUUGUUCUCGGAAGCAAAGUGUGUUGCUGACACGCUCAGUUCCAAGAUUGCUAGUAAAGGCCAAUGCAGCAGCUCUAUGUGCAUCCAGCUUGGUGAAGGAAGACUCUGAGGUGGUUCCGGAGCACUCGGUAUCUGUGAUCUUACUUGCUGGUGGCGUAGGGAAGCGGAUGGGGGCUGAUAUGCCAAAACAAUAUUUGCGUCUUCUAGGACAGCCUAUUGCGCUAUACAGUUUUUAUACAUUUGCUAACAUGCCUGAAGUUAAGGAGGUCGUGGUGGUUUGUGACCCAUCAUACAAGCAUCUGUUUGAAGAAGCUAGCAAAAACAUCAAGAUAGUCGUAAAAUUUGCUCUACCUGGCAGGGAGAGACAAGAUUCUGUUUUCAGCGGACUCCAGGCUAUCAGUGAUGACUCGAAGCUAGCUUGUAUCCAUGAUUCUGCGCGACCUCUUGUCCUGGGCCAUGACAUACAGAGGGUUUUGAGAGAUGCCUGGGUGCAUGGAGCUGCUGUUCUUGGAGUACGUGUUAAAGCCACUAUCAAAGAGGCAGGAAGCGAUCAUUUCGUCAAAAAGACAUUGAACAGACAGAACUUGUGGGAAAUGCAAACCCCUCAGGCUAUAGAACCAUCACUACUUCGGCAGGGAUUCGGACUUGUUGAGAGGGAUGGAUUGGAGGUCACAGAUGAUGUUUCCAUUGUGGAGUUUUUGAAGCGUCCAGUGUUCAUCACAGAGGGCUCUUACUCCAACUUGAAAGUAACUACACCAGACGACAUGCUGGUCGCAGAGAGGAUCCUCCAAUCCGCCAACUAAGAUGGAUCAAUCAGUCCAUUCAGAUUUUAGUUUUCUUCUCGCAUCAUCGUCACUGGCGUUUGAAUCUUCGUGUCCAGCUCGAGCUCCUCGGUUUGUUGCUCCUGUUCUUGCUCUUGCUCGUCCUUCUGCUGCUCCUGCUCGAUCUUGUCUUGAAUUUGCGGACGUUUGCGUCUAAACUCGCUCCUGAGGUCCGGUCCUAUGAUCUCGAUUCUACUGAGAAUUGUGUUCUUGGCAGUCUCUUCGUCCAUUCCACCCUCGACCAGCUUAAUAAAUUCUUCUCCCUGGAAGAAAGAAA